UUCUCCGCAUCAAUCAGACCCUCCGCGUUGGGGAAGCUUGCAACGCUAGCAGUCAGAUCACCGGAGAGUGACGAGAAAUCAGACAUUGCCCGCAUCUCUAGACAGUUUCAACUGGAGUCUUCCCCGCGUGGUUUGAAUGGCGUCUUACGAACUCAGGCGCCAACAUCGCGGGUGCCUAUGGGCAUCCGAGAACUAGAUGUAUUAAUCGCAUUAUGUAAAGCUUCUUCUUCUGUGGAUAAACCUGAGCAUGCCUCUAGGUUGGUUGCACAGCUAUCUCAGUACCUUCCUGAGGCCCACAGUCAGCUCUUCCGUCCUUCGCCUUUCCUGCAUCACAUAAAACCUUCCCCUUGGGAGGCACUCACCAACAAUGUCACUUUGGCUCUUCUUUCAUUGGGCUCCGAAUCUCGAUAUCCAUUACUGCGAGAGACUGUGCUCGAUGCUGUUGAUAAGUACCUGGAACACUGCGCCAAAUCUGUUCAAGCUGCGACGCCUUUCACGCAUUAUGAUUCAGGGGCAGACCAUCCCGGCACGGCUCAUGAGGCCGUCAGUAUGUUAUCAAUUACUGUUUCCCUGGUUGGCUUUCUGGAGGCCUCUACUAAGUUUGCUUCCUUCUGGACGGCCAUCGAGAAAUUGAGGAUAAUUGAGCAUAUGCGGUCAAUACUGUCCGAGGGCUUUAUGGUUGCUGUCGAGACAGCUUCCUCUAUUGUACGUAAUGCAAAUAUGUCUGACAACAUGCUCCGAGAUUGGAGGAGGUACACUCGGCGUUAUGCUGCCGAUGGACGCCCUUUAGGAGCCAUGCUGCUGCAAGAAGGAUUUAUGCGCUUUGUCAAAGCGUGUACAACGUCACUUGUCGGGGCACAUAAUAUGUCAGAAGAUGAAUUGCUGGACGAUUAUAUGAGUGGCGUUGGCAUCGCCAGGAGCCACGAUACAGAUGAAAUAGCUCUUAUCAAUCGUACAGCAGCGAUCAUCGAUGAUCAGAUCAAGCUUCUAGAGGAUGAUUCUGAUUAUCUGCAGCUUGGUUCACACUUGCAGCAACGGCUGGCUUUCUCAGUGAAGGCGUUCGCCUUUAUCGGGUAUCUACAUUGUGUUUUGAGUGGAAGGGCAAACAGUGAAGACUUCCUUUCUUGGUUAGAGAACACCUUGGUGGAUCCAAAUCAAAUGUCAUGCCUCGAGCUAGCAACGGCAACUUUGAAAAGCAUAGCAAUAGUUGCGCGAAUGUCACUAAACAGUGCUUCUUCCGGAAGUCGUUCUCUCUUGAGGUUCAUUGUCGAAGGUGGCAUUCCAACUGUGCCCACAGCUUCUGUUGCUGCGAAAUGCCUUGCCCAAGUUCUUGGCGUUUUGUCACAAGACGCUGUUAUCACGACUUUGUACUCACUUGGGAAUGUUCUAAGCCCUGGCUCGGGCACCGAGAAGGCAUAUCAUGGACAGUCAGUGGGAGAUGUUCCUGGCCAUAGCAAUGCUUUUACCAGCUUCUCCCAAGCGAAGCAAGAUAGUGAGGCCUCCCUUUCUGUCACUGGCGAGCAAGGCAGUGUACAUUACAGAAACGUUAUCCAUGCUAUCGUGACGAUCGCUACCCAUUCUAAUGACGAAAAAAUAAGCGCCUUAGCACAAUCUAUGUUGCUUCAAAAGAUCGGGAAAGUCAGUGCUUCUGUUGAUGCCUACAUCAUCAAGGAAACAGCUGCAUUGUCUCUGAGCACAGCUCAAGGUGAAUUUCAACUUCUUCUCAAAUUCUACGACCGGGCCUACUGGGACGGGGUCACUAAGGGGUAUAGCAACGUUGCCAACGCAGUAGAGAGCGCAAUGGCCUACCUUUCUGUCACACUGCAGAGAAACAACCCACUUCACAGGACAUAUUUGACUCAUUUACUAGAGAGUAUCGUAAAUAAGGGAGACGCGACGGAUUUUGAGAAUGAACGCCAUAAAGACAUAGCCUUCGCUCCUGACGAUCUCAGCCCCCUUUUGAAACCACUAGCGUUGCUUGUCUCCGAUCGAGUGACUCCCAGGAACUGCGCGGAUAUUACAGAUUAUGACCAGGACAUAUCUACUCUGUUUCGUGAUGCCUGGUUCAAUAUUGCUGUUCACGGGAUUUCACUUACCUCAGCCGUCGCUCGAACCCAUAUGAAGGAGCUGCGCAUAUUGGCAAAACAUUCGCCGCCCCUUGUAUCUGAAGACCGCAUGGAAAUGCUUGAAAGUGAUGUGGAGCUUAAUACAAUUCUCAGGCGUGGCAUGGGGCCACAGCGUCUCGUCGAACAGAAGAAGACCCUGAUUACGGAGAUUCCCAGCCGCGAACCUGAGAUCAAGCGUUUAAAUUAUCCAAAAGCAGUUUUCCUUAAUGCGGCGUUGCUAGUCGAAAGCCUCCGUGCAUCUUCUGGAAACUGCACUAAAGUUCUCAGUUACUUCCGGGACCCAGCUUUAACCACCGUCGAAAUGGCAAGCUGCAUGACUACAAUUGCAGAGAAAGUGGUAAAUACUUAUGUCUCGCUGACGCUAUCUGGUAGACACGAAGAUUUUUCGGUCCCAUUCUUGUCGAAGGAACUGGGUGGUUUCUUUGUGGCUUGCUGUCACAGAGUAGAAAGAGUACAGAACGUUGCUGUACUCUGCGCCAAUAAAAUCAUCCAAGAAUGUCCAUCGGCUCUAUGCGAAAAAGACUCUCUCUUUGCUCUCCUCGAACUCUUGACAGUCAUGUGCCAAUCUUGCCUUGAAGAAGAACUCGAUGAAUUUGAGUGGAAACCCUCGUUCACUUCACCCACGGGAAUAGUCAAAGUUGACUUACCUGAUAACUAUCACUUUAGAAGGAAAACUUUGGAUGUGUUCCUUGAACGAGCUCGGGAAUGGGUCACGGCCGCGAUGGAUAUCGCCCCCCUAGAUAUUAAAGGUCUUCUUCAGACCUAUUUAUCCGCAUCAGAAGACAGCAGUGGCUUUGGCAAUAUUUCUAUGGGUAGAUCGUUUGCACUUGAUAUGGGAUCGCUCAUCUCCAAAAGCGAUCAGCGGCUGGGAUCAAUUGAGCAAUAUGGGAUCAAUAGGGUCGAUGUUGCUUCUGAUUUCAUGGCCCAGUAUACUACACGCCAAAAAUAUCGAUAUCCGGAUACGCAGUUGUCUAAAUUUCUAGGAUGGGGGAAAAGCCCCAGAAUUGAUGCGCCUGUGUUGUUUCAGCUGGAGUCAAACGACGCUGUCGAGACUAGGCUGUCCUACAUAUAUGAACAGAUUACCCUGGGAAAUGAAGUUCCAUUUCUGGAGGUUAGGGAUGAAUUGCGAAAGGCUGCCGCUCUCUUGUGUUGUGGCGGUGAUCAUCAUCCUUCUAUUCCACAUUACCUCGUGUCUUUACCCUUUGAAAUAUUCUCGACUGAAUCAAUAAACCUCGGAAUAUCUCUGUGGCUAGGAGCAAUACAUGAGAAUCCAAGUGUGGAGCCCAAGAUUCUAGUUGAGGUAGCUGAGGCUUGGGAGAAGACAAUCUCGCGCAAGAAGGGUCUGUUCGACCCAUCUUUUGAUUACGUUGAUCCGCUGUAUGCAAAGAUUGAGCUUCUGCCUACUGAUAAGGCACUGAUGCUACAAGAGCAACAAAAAGCCCACAAAUUUCUCUCACCACACUCACAUGUUCUCCAGUUCUUUGAGAGCCACUUCAGUGCAAUUCAGCUAGGAAAUCUACAAGAUCAACAAUUGUUUUGUCGCCUCGUUGGCAAGACUUCUGUUGGCCUCGUGCAAACGAGCGGGCAUCCCCUAUCUCGCGAGCUUCACUUUCGUAUCAUUUUGUUUGGCCUUAGAGUCCUGAAGCAUUUCAGUUCGGCAGACACGGCCUCUUCUUGGAAGCUUAAAGACCAACUUUUGUCCGCCGCCCUAGGUUGGUUUAGACAUCCGCCUAGGUGGUCCUUCGGAGGUAAUCGAUUGCAGAUCAAAGCUGAAGAUAAAGUCCUCAGUGAUGUCGUGUCUGCUCUGGUUAAUGUCUCCAAUGUCGCCUGUCACACACUGGGAUCGUAUAGGUCACUGCAAGCUAAACAAGAUCUGCUUCAUACCCUUCUUGAAAACGAGAGGUCACGCCUGAAGGUUUGGCUGUAUCCUCUGGAUCAAGAACGUAAACAUUACAUGCCUCAGUCUUCUGGGAACAGGAAUUUGAUGGAGGAGGCCACUUCUUUGUUACGGCUUGCUUGGGCUGAGCAUCCAGGUUUAGCCAUUCAACUUGGUGCUCGUUUCCCAUCUGUGAAGCUGAAGAAUGAUAUCCGUUGGCUAUUGCUUAACUUCCCGGAAAAGGUUAUCGAUGAGCCCAGUAGCCUUGAAAUUAUGCUCGGUGCAACUCUUCCUGCAGAUAUCUCAUUCCAGUUGAAGUAUUUGCUUUACUGGGCCCCCGUGAAUCCUACUGAAGCUCUAACAUAUUUCUUACCUGCUUAUGGAAAUCACCCAUUCAUCCUGCAGUACGCGAUGAAAGCAUUGGAAAGUCAUCCCAUUGACGUUCGCUUCUAUUUUGUUCCACAGUUGAUCCAGGCUCUACGAUACGAUGCGUUAGGUUACGUAGAGCGCUAUAUCAUGGAAACAGCUAAGCAAUCUCAAUUAUUUGCACACCAGGUGAUUUGGAAUAUGAAAGCCAAUUCGUUCAAAGACGAGGAUUCUCAGAUUGUGAGUGAAGCGGCCCUUAGCUGGGACGAUUUGUUAACGUAUGGAAAACAGCCGGAUCCACUCAAGCCAACCCUGGACAAGUUCAUGGACUCUCUCAUUGCCAGCUUCACGCACGAGGAACGCGACUUCUAUGAAAGGGAAUUCUCCUUCUUCAAUGAUAUCACAGGUAUUUCAGGGAAGCUCCGGCCGUACAUCAAAAGAAGUAAACCCGAGAAGAAAGAAAAGAUUGAGGAAGAGCUUCGCAAAAUCAAAGUGGAAGUUGGUGUUUACCUCCCUAGCAAUCCCGAUGGCGUUGUUGUCGGCAUUGAUCGCAAGUCAGGAAAACCACUCCAAAGCCACGCAAAAGCGCCAUACAUGGCGACUUUCAGAAUUCAAAAGACGAGGACUCGAGCUGAUCCAGGCGGCCUCAUAAGUUCUUCAGGGCAACACACCUUGACUCAGGACCAAGAAGCUCGUUCGGACUCGGAGCAAGAGACCUACGAGGUUUGGCAGUCGGCAAUUUUUAAAGUCGGUGACGACUGCCGCCAGGACAUGUUAGCCCUGCAGAUGAUUGCUGCUUUCCGGAGCAUCUUUGGUAGUGUCGGGCUUGACGUUUGGGUAUUCCCCUACCGAGUAACUUCGACAGCUCCCGGAUGUGGUGUGAUUGAUGUCCUCCCUAAUUCAAUUUCUCGUGACAUGCUGGGCCGUGAAGCAGUGAACGGGCUCUAUGAUUAUUUCGUUUCUAAGUAUGGCGGGGAGGACUCUAUUAAAUUCCAGGAAGCACGUACCAAUUUUGUCAAGAGCAUGGCAGCCUAUUCUGUUAUAUCCUAUCUUCUACAGUUCAAGGAUCGUCACAACGGGAACAUCAUGGUUGAUGAUGCUGGCCACAUUAUACACAUCGACUUUGGGUUCUGCUUCGAUAUUGCACCUGGAGGCGUUCGCUUCGAGCGCGCACCGUUCAAACUCACUUCUGAAAUGGUUGCCGUGAUGAGCGGUACUCAACACACACAUGCUCAUGCCUCCGGGGGUAGUUCUUACAACCCUACAAGCACGCAACCAUAUCGGUGGUUCGAAUCCUUGGUUGUGAAGGCGUUCCUUGCAUCCCGCCCCUACAGUGCCAAAUUAGCUCACAUUGUCUCCUUGAUGCUUGAUAGUGGCUUACCCUGUUUCAAGCCUGACACACUGAAGAAUUUCCGGGACCGAUUUGUUCUGGAGAAGAGCGAGAGAGAUGCGGCUGAAUAUAUGCGGGAGCUCGUCCGCAAAUCCUACAUGAGUGUCUCUACUAAGGGUUACGAUCAAUUUCAGCUGUUGACGAAUGGCAUCCCUUACUAG